AAUUUCGCACACUAAUUUUGGCAUCUUCCACUAGAACACCGAGCUGCUGCUCACCCAUGCACACCAAGGAACUGCUGGAAAGGCAGAAGUUCGCCAGGUGUACUUCCGGAAAAGGAUAUCUAACCCCACGAAACCACCAGAGCACCAAAAAGCCAGAGAUGCGGAUACCUUCCGUAGUCAUUACCGAUGCCGAGAUCGGCUUGGAGCGCCCAAAUCAAUUGUCAGAACGCCUGAAGAGAACACUAUAUCAAUCAACACCAUCAAAAAAUGCAUUGUUGGCAUCCCAAGGCAGGCAGCGAGCCCGGGAAGGACCCAAAACACCAGAGCUCCGCCGUACCAACAAAACCGUACCCUCAACGGAACCUCGUCCAAAACGUUCUAAGGAACUACUGGAGGAUCUUAGGUCCAAGUAUCGAGGUGCUUCUGCCACGAAAUUGGCGCCCCAAUUCAAUCGGGAAAACAAAGAACUUUCAAAGAGCCAUGCAUUCAUACCAACCUCGGAACCACAGCCUAUCCGCCCAAAAUUGAUCCUCGAACGGGAGCGCCAAGAGUAUAUAACCAAUCGGUUGGUAUCAACUUCCAUUGACCGCAUAAAAACAAAGCCACCAAGGACGAGCUAUACAUCGAGCAGGCUGCUGGUGCCUCAGAUGGGAUUUUCGUACCCCAAGGAUCCGAAAAGGCUUCACGAAUCCAGCAAAGCAAUCAAGCUGACCACCUCAAAGCGAAAGUUGGACUUCAAAACUGAGCUGGGGACCGAUUUGCUGCGGCGGGAGCUAGAAAAGAUUGCAAAGGAAUGGCGGAAAAAGACUGACUACCAGUUACGGCAGCUUAUCUCGGAUUUUGUGAAACAACUAGUGCGCCUCCUACCCUUUAAUGGGAUAACAUUUUCGCAUCUUAGCAGGGAUUGCUAUGUGCAGCAGAUGAUGGAAGCACUGCAGCAGCUGCAGUACACCAAAAAGGUGAACAAAAGUUGGCUUCAAACGCCGAACAGUGCACAAGCCGUCGCCCAUGUGCUGGAAUUACUCAAUUUCUUGUUGGGUGUCCUCGAACAUCGAAAAGGAAAAGGCAUGUGUUUGCGCCCUGUUGUUUGUGAAAAGCAGAGAAAUGAACAACUUACAUCGGCAUCUGGUACAUCUUAUGAUGUAAUGAGCCUGCAAGAGCAGUUUCAAAAUAUAAAAAUAGAGAAAGAAACUUUAAGCAAUUACCAAGCAUCUCUUAAGGCGGAAUCCCCCGUUUCCAAGGACAUUGAUAAAGUAAAGGAGCGGAAUGGGAAUCAGGACUUCGCCACACUCCUGGAUUUUCAAAAAGAGAACUUUCAUGAACUGCACCUGCAUCGUCUGCGUCUUCAGGAGUUUUCCGAGCUCGUGAGCCUCGCCAUGAUAAAAUUAAAACGCUGUUAUGAGGGUAACAAGCAAAGCAUUGAAGCCUUUAAUGAGCAAUUACAAGACUUGGCCGACUUCGUGGUUUUUAGAAAUAGAAAUAUCGGCCUCUUAACGCAGUUACAUUUGAACGAAAAUCCCGAGCAGAAGCAGUUACACGAACGCAUGGAGCAACUGCAGCGACUGUAUCAGGAUAAUUAUUCAAAUCUUCUACAGCUAAACAUGAAGCCGCCCGAGGAAAACCCUUAGGCGAACAUAAGCCACAUCCCUCAUUGAAUCCCAGUUAAUUUAAGCAAAUAUUUGCGUGUUACGUAAGUUGCACACAGAACCCACCGUCUAAGCUCCCGGCUUAGUAGUUCUCCU